AUGUCCUACUCCCCACACGCAGCUGCCACCCAACUCGCGUCGGCCUUACGAGGAUUCGACCAUCUCUUUGCUAAUGAGAUUUCCUCCGCUAAGAGAGUGUUUGCCUCGGAAACUGAUCCAUUCCACCUUGUCGGUGCUGGCUGUCUCUGUUUUCUGGAAGCAUCUCUGGGGUUAGAAACAAGUAAGAUGAGUGAAGCUACCCGUCUUCUCGCCCUUGCCGAGGCUGGAUCAAGGGCUGCACUCAAGACUGCCGCCAAAUCUAAAUCGAGAGCGUCAGCUGCAUUUCCCCCUGGCCUCGAAUACGAGAUCGCAAAUGCAGACACUGUGGUACUUCUCGGGAUUACACACGCACUCAGCGAGUCUUAUAUGGGCUAUUUACAAUGCAUCUAUGCCAUGAACUCUGCGCAUGGAAAAUUCAGCAAGUUGUACAAGACAGUGUUCCCAAACGGUCUCGAUAGCCACACUACCCCUUCGAUAACACCCUUUUCCUGGACCCCAUCAGUAACACCUUCGCCGGCGGUCUCCCCUGCUAUCACACCCAAAACAUCAUCUUCGAAUCUUUCGCUUGAAACAUCCGCAUUUACCUCAAACUCCAACAAACCCGCCCACCCAGCUGUGAAGCCGUCCUUAUCUUUCUUCAACAUAGCGGGUAGGUGGGGCUCUGGAUCUUCCUCACCAGCUUCGUCGUCAACCUCUUCCCUCUCGCCGCCCACGCCCAAUGGUGCAUUAAGUGUAGUUGAAGCAGGAAAUCCGGAAGAGAUUCAGAACUUGAAAAAUCUUAUCAUAGCCGGGACUGCUUUUGGAUUUGGAUUAUUCAAUCUUGUCUUCUCGCUCCUGCCAAAGAAAGCCCAAUCUGUCGCUGGACUCUUCGGUUUCGCCCACUCUCGUCGUCUUGCACUUCAAGCGCUUGCUGUGAGUGCAGAGUAUGCAGCUGAAGGUGAAGUACAUGGUGUUUUUGCAGGGUUAGUCCUGAUGACGUACCAUGGAGUCGUCUUGCUUCUAUCUGGAUACCAAGCGGAUGAGGCUCGCAUCAUCCGUGAAUACGAAGGCGUGGUAAGAGGUAUUGAGGCGCGUUACCCAAAGGGUGCACUCUGGAUAUUGAACAGAGCCAAAAUCCUUCGUAUGACAUACGAUUCAGAAAGUGCUAUCCGUGUACUCAAAGGCGGACUGGAAGAGACAAGAAAGGACGCGGAAGGGGAACACAGUGAGGGUUUUAAACAGGCGGAUACGCUGUUAGUAUUCGAGCUCGCAUGGAUUUACCUCUCGCAGAGACACUAUGUCGAGAGCGCAGAGGCGUUCAUCAAAUUAACAGAGCUAAAUAGUUGGUCUCAUGGAACAUACUACUUCAUCGCUGCUGGUUGCCAUAUAUCGUUAGCUCAUUCAGACGAAGUUUCACCUGAUGAGAAGGAGAAAUAUCUGAAUCAAGCUCAGAGACUUCUGGAUGCUAUUCCCAAUCUGUUGGAUAAGCGGAAAAUGGGAGGAAAGGAAUUGCCGACAGAGGUUUUGAUCAAAAAGAGAUUGGCAUUCUACAAGGAAAAGCAGAAACGUCGCGGAGGAGACGAAGCAAAGUUUGCGGAAUGUAUACGGAUCAGUCCCGCAGAUGAAUUGGGUAUUUUUUGGAAUACCCAUAAUCGAAUUUCUCCUUCAAUUGCAGAGGCACACAUCAAAGACUGGUCAGUGCUUUCACCUCCCGUAGGCAUCGACAGCCCUUACAUGGCACGUCCACCGCCUACAACGACGCCAGAUCUAGAUACGCCAGACGAACUGGCUCUUCGUCUUUUACUGCUAGGAAUUGCACACCGCUCUAUUGGCUGCGUCGGAAUAAGGAUAAAAAAUAACAGCCCCGCGUCGACUGAACCCGCAUCUUCCUCUUCAUCCUAUAUCGAUACCUCGGGCGCUGCACCAGAGUCCAUUGUAGAAUCUACCUCUUCUCUAUCCCUCUUCGAGGAACUCACUCCAUACGCUGACAAUGCUUCUGCGUGCCUCCGUGCAUCUCGCGAACUACUCUCCGCAGCUCACGCUCUACAAUCUUCAAUCAAAGUUAGCACCUGGAUCGGUGGAUUGGCAAUGUUCGAAUUGGCGGUUCUAGACCUGAAGGAGGUCGAAGUCGAGGAGAACAAUGAGAAAAAUGGCAAUUCCAUAAAUCCAGGACUAUCGGCUGAUCUGAAGAACAAAUGGAAAAAGGCCCUCGAGUCUGCUCGUAUCAAGCUCGACGCAGCGAUGGCUUUGGCCCCAAACUCGGUUGAUUUAUCAAGUCGACUUGAUAGUCGGGUUGUCAUGUUAAGAGACGAAAUUGGAAUGAAGGCGGAAAUGCUCGGAUUCACUGCUUGA